AUGCGCUUCAACCGUGUCCACCUGGGCUCACAGGCCGCCGACGUGCAGCUCAACGUGCCGUCGAGCCUCUUCGAAAAUAGGACCCUGCUGCAUGUGGCAGCCGAUGAACCGGGCCCUUUCGACCCGCGCGAUUUGAACUUGUCGUGUGCCGGCGACAGCGCGUUCCUCACCGUGGCAAGUGGGCGUGACGUCAACGUCUUCUCGAUCAAGGACGGGCUCGUCUACUCUCAGUUCUCCACCGAUGAGUACUUCCACGUGAUGCACAGCCUCGAUAGCGUGGAGCCAAUGACCGUCAUCGUCGACGGGCAACACUUCAUGAUCUACAUCGGCGCACUCUCGGAGAAACCGCUCUUCGUCUACAAGCAUUGCAUCGAUCUGAGCAACGCUGAGGGCGGCUGCUUCGUCACCUCGAGCGCUGUUCGUGGCGCUUGCCACAUCGUCUUUGUUGGCCCCGACGGAAGUGCUAUUCGCGUCAUCGUCCCGCACUGGAGCCAGCUCCGCAUGGCAAGCAAGGAAAACAUCCUAGGCAUCGCGCAGAAGGCCGUCAGCUCUAUCACGAUGGAGCGUCUCAAGCUGCCCGGCGGCUCGCAACACUUCACGAUGGGCAUCGCCGGCGAGUUGACGUCAUUCGGCAACGGCGCCGCGAUUGCCGUACAAUACGAUGAGAAAAAGGACCCUUCGUACCUCCAAAACCUCGACUGUCCGGAAGGGUUGUUUGCCGAACUGGCCGGCGGUGAGUUCGUUCUCUACAUCGACGGCAACCAAAACAUGGGCCUUUACGAUGCGCUGUCCCUAGCUACGAUCGAUUUCGUGGCGCUACCAAUCAAGGGCACGAUCCAGGACUUUCUGGUCAUCGACGAAAAAGAGGACUCCGCCGACUUCGACCAACUGGCCAUCGUCGUGGAACGCGAUGGAGGCACCUUUGCCGAGAUCUUCUCGGUGUCCGACCACAAGGUGGUCUUCUCGACACCGGUGCGCGCCAACACUCGUCUGCUGAAGGGUGGAGACACUGAGCGACGUCUCCUCAUCAUGGUCGUCCCGUUCUCGCCCGAAUACCAAAGCACGUCGAAGGUCUCGGAUAUGCUGCAGGUCGUUGAGCUGGUCGAAGCCCUGCCUCAAGUUUGCCUGGAGCGUAUGUUGCGGCACCAUCAAUUUGACGUGGCGCUGCAGUUCGCCGAAAAGCACGGGCUGGACAACCAGCAAAUUUACAUCGCUCACCUCGCCCACCUACGCGAUAGCCUGUCCGUCGAAGGCAACGACGAAUCUUUGGCCCGUUUUCUUGAGGUUGCGCAGAAGGUGGCCGACAAGAAAGAGGUCGCCGAUAUGUGCGCUGGUGCUGCUUGGCGGCUGAAGGACCCCUACCUGGUAAUGAAGCUCCUCGAAUUUUGCGCACCGAUCAAGACUGAUGAAGUGGAAGCCCUAAACAGCCUGCGCCACUCCAUCACCACGUUCAGGCUGGUGCUUGGCGACACCUGCGAAGCCGGCUUGGCUUCUAUGAUCUGGGAGAAGCUGAUCAAGGACGGCGAGCUUCUCAAGGUGUUCGGAAUGGUUGCGUCGUUGGGCCUUAUGAACGAGGCGCAGCUGCUCUGGAUGCGCCACAGCCACCAAAUCGUCGCAGAGCUGCAGUUGUCUGGCGAAUUGACGGGCGAGGAUCAGCUCGAAGAAGGCCUCUCCGUCGUGCCAAUGAUCUUCUCUCAAGUCAAAGCCGGCAUCACGGCGAAGGUCUGCUGCUGGCGCGACGCCCUGCAGCUUCUCGAGGUCGCCGUGAUCCCGGUCUUCUUGGCGGAGGAGAUCAUCGAGUCUAUCCAUCAGCUGUGGAGCCUCGUCGAGUGGCUGGUGCCAACACUGGAAGCGAAUGACGCGAGCAACUUCCCGACCAACGCCAUCUAUGCGGCUGGCUCUAUUCAGCGGGUCAUUGAAGAGCUUGGGUCAAAAUCAAUCACCCCCGUCGAGCAGGCGACGUUCUGUCAUAUCGCCCGCGCACACGCGUUCAUCGGGGACGACAAGCCAAACGUGAUGGACGGCUCGGCCAAGCUCAUCCGUGGCCUGACCGACCUGCACGAGCUGGGGGCCACGUUCAACUGCAAGCUCACCUACGCCGAGUUCCGGGACAUGACGCGCGAAGAUAUUUGUGGCAAGAUCCUUGACCAAGCCCUCGGGAACCCAGCCAAGGUGCGCGAAAAUGUGGACAACUACGCCCGGCCCUACAUGAAGAAAUACGGCUUGCCGAUCGAUGAGACGCUGUACACCUACGUGGAGCAAAAGUCGCGGCACAUGUCGGGCCUACUCUCCACAAGUGCCUACGACCAAUAUUGCAUCAGCGUCCUCAACGCCAUCGACAAUGUAAAAAUAAGACAACGAGCACUUCUUGAAGUUGCGCGCCUGGCGAACGUCCCAUGGAACCCGGACCUGAAGAAGGCCGUCAAUGCUGUACUGGAGGAGAAGCAAACGAACAGGACAAUUCGCCAGAAGCUGACCGAAGUGUGCGUGCGCGUCGAGCUUGCCCUCCUAUUUAAGAAAUAUGGACUUCCGCAUGAUCACGAGCGACUCCACAGCUACCUGGGCACCAACUAUUCCUUCCAGAUGGUGGUACGCUACGUACUCGUCAACACCGCGGUGGAUGUCGAUACGAAAACCCGUGAAGAAGAUCUCAUCAAGAUCGUCGAUCUGGCCAACGAGAUGAGCCAACGCCAAGUGCUGUGCCACGACGAGGUGGCGACCAUCUACUGCAAUACGCUGCUGCGGAGCCCCGAGCUCAAGCUCGAUUCGCUGCUCGAUUAUGUGGGCAGCCAUGAGGCCAGAGGGAAGCGCUCGGUUUGCGAUGGCCUUCUGGAAUCGCUAAAUGCCCAGCUUGACCUCUUCAUCGAUCAGGAUUCGAAGGUUCAAGUCGCGACGCGGUUGCUGCACUGCACCGUUUUCGAAAGUCUGGUCAUACGGUUCCGGGCCGAUAACGCGCGGUUGGCGUCGGUUCAGAAGGACGUCAGGGCCCUCCGUCUUCUGCAGGAGCGCUUCAACAUCUCGCAAAACCUCGCCUUUAUGCACUGUAAAGUCGAGCGGCUGGCCCAGCUUCGCAGCUUCUUCCACCAACACGCAAAUGAUGAACAAUCACUGGAUGCUGUGGCCAUUGUCGACUUUGCCCAACUGCUCAACUUUACGCCCGACGAGGCCUUCUGCUUCAUGCUAGAAGAAAACGACAGCAAUCUGCGCGAUGUCCAGCUCACGCUUGCCUUGAUCGGAUCGAUCUCUUCACGUGCCGAGCCCCUCUCUGAUCAUCUCGCCGAGCUGUGCGUCGACGGUAUCGAAAUGGUGCUUCUCUCCAUUUACGACCUGUCGCUUCAAAAUCAGACGGACGCGCUGGAGCAGCUGUUUGAUUGGACGGGUGUGCUACACCGAAAAAUUCCGAAUCUAUUGCGCCACACGUCGCACUCGAUCGAAUUGGUUGAUUCGUUGAUCCGGACCCAUGGCUAUUUGGAGCUGGUGCACGCUCUUUUUGCUCAAGGCGCUCAAGACGAGCCGAGGAUCACCCCUCAGCCUAACGAUUCUGACGAAAUCUUCGUCACCACCGAGAAACAGAGUGAAACAAAUAUUACCUCCCAGUCGAUGCGUCUCGGCUUCUACCAAUAUUCGAUGGAUCCGGCCCUUUAUGGAAAGGUUGAGACAGCCCAACUCGUCGGUCGCGUAGCCCGCUGUGUGUUGCGUCAGGCCCAGACGCUGACCGAUGAAGCUAUAAUUGCGGAGAUGGUCGAGGAAUGGGAGCAGCUCUUCAAUCAUCUGUCCCUCCACAAUCAAAAUCUUCUCGAGUACUCCGCCCGUGUCUUCGCGUCUGGCCUUGGUUGUUUCCGCGGCCGCCAGCUCGACAUGUCAAUGAGCGUGCAAAUGGUCGUGCAAAAGUCGAUCGAGGCACACCCGGCGGAUCUCUGGACGGCCGCUCAAGUAUUGCUCACGCUCCCCACCGAGAUGAUGCAUAACAUGCUCGUCCGUGAGCUACGCCAGUUCGCCGCGCAGCGCCGCAACCCGCAGUGCAUGCUGAACUAUCUUCGAUGCACGCAAUUCUUGGCGGCCGUCACCAACAAGACUUCAGAGAUCAAGUCAACAUUGUUGAACAAUUUCCGCAAAGCGUCAUGGCAGAAGAACUUGCGCAAAAAGGGCAUCCCUUCGAACGUUUGCGCCAUAGCCACCUCGGCUCGUGCGGACAGUGUGCUUGCUGAGUUCGCCAAGACCCCCGCCGACCCAGAGUUUGUCGCCAGUUUCCUCGCUGAAUUCGGGCUUCCGCAAUCUCUUCUCCUCGAGUACGGCACGCUGCUCUUCCACCUGGCCAGCUCCGAGUACGACGACGACAGAAAGCGAGAUGACCUCACGGCCAAAGCUGUUCAAGCCGUCGAGUUGUCUGGUGAGCCCGCUCAGUCCAUCGUCUCGGCCUUGUUUGAAGUGUGCUAUGUUUUGUCACCGUACAACUACAGCGUGAUCGAAUCGAUCGCCUCGAUGCUGCAAGAGUACGCCGAGUCGCCGGAAAUCAAGGUGUCAUUGGAAACGCUGACGGACGUGAUUCGCUUCUUGAACGACCACCAACGCCGGCACGAAGUGACCAAAGAAGAAUAUGUUUGGUACCGGGAACGCGAACGUCACAUCGAGCAAGCCAAGGACCAACAAGCGUACUCGCUGAAAAGCCUCGCCUCCGACAUGUACGCGCGUUACAAGCAAGACUCGAUGGGACAGGAGCACGAGUCCGACCAUUUCUACUCAAGCAGCGACGAAAGUCUGCUUCACUACCUCCCGAAAAUGGCCAAGCACCGUCUCCCGGUCCACAUCUUCCUGUACGAGACGUUCGACGCCAUCAAGAAGUUCCUAAAGCCGGUCGUUGAUGCGGAGAUCGACAUCAGCACCCUACAGAAAUGGCAAGCCCUGGCUACAACAGUGCCAUACAUUCGUCGCGCCAUCGCAAGGACAGAGAUGCUCAAGACGGCCGUGUGCAAGAGCGCGAAGCAAGCUCUCCUGGAGGACCAGCUGACCGAAGAAGAAUCCGAUCUCCUCUGGGUGUCCACCGUCAGCACCUCCAACCGCGCUGACGUGAUUGUGGUGCUGUCGACAUGUAUGCACUCGAUGAAGACCCUAGAGCUGCGACUCCUCUUUUUGAAGCUCGCGCAGCGCGUCGGCAACGAGUGGCUGCAGCGAACCGGGCACUAUAACAUUUCUGAAGGAGAGGCCGUCGAGAUAGCGGCAAAGAUCGGCGCCAUCAGCUCGCUCAUCAUUCGGCUGGAGACGGAAUUGAUGCUCAUCAACGCCAGGAUCCCGCGCCCGUACACCAUCGAAGACCCUGCUCGUCUGAUUCGGGAAAUCUACUGCGAGAAGAUUGAUUGGACGAAUCGUCAGGAUAUCGAGAGCAAGCAGCAACUCCUCGCCAGGCUCGCUGAAGUCAACCAAGUGGAUCUGCACGCGAUCGAGGCGACCCUCGUCGAUUCCUGGUUGCUCGACUCGAACAACGCGGAAGCCGUUGUCGAUCUGAACGACACGAUGGGCUCGAUUGAUGGCGCCCCCACUGCGCCUACCAGCCAGCACCAGCAAAACGACGACCGAUUCCCAGUGUUCGACACCUCGGUGGCUCGCAUAGGGAGCCUGAUGCGCCACGGCGACCUCCAGACCUACGCCAAGAAGAUCAGCAACAUCAUGAAACGGGCCGAAUACACGACGGAAGGUUGUGCGCGUCGGCUGCUUGUGCUCUCCGUGCUCAUUCGGGCUUUCACGGACGAGGAACUCGCUGCUCUCAAGACCGACACCGAACGUGUCUGUGUGGGCGUCGAGAACACCUCCUACAUGCGCCUCUUCGGCCUGGCUUCCGUGGAGAUGGCGUACGAAAAGUUCACGUCCGAGGAGUUUGACCGGAUGCAGUUCGUGCGCUCACUAUUGGACAGCAGCCGUCAAAGCCAGCAGAUCGCCGAGCUGCUCGCCGCCUUGGUCAUCGACUUCGAGGAACUACACGACAAGGCCAUCAUUGAAAAGGUGACCGAUCGUUUGGUGCGCUAUCGCUGCAAAGAGUACUUGGCGCUGAUCCUUUUGCGUUGCGCCGCCAACUCACCGCUGCAAAGCGUCAAGAAUCUGGCCUUGCUGUGGACGCGUGUCUUCGAUUGGCACGUCAGCGAAAUCGGAGAUCCGCUGAAGUCGGAUGCGGCAGCCCACAAGUUCAGCAAGUGGCUUUUCCGGCUGUUCGCAUGCCCGUUGCCGGCCGGACGGACGAUGGACUCGGUGCGCAUGACGCUGGGCAACCGCAAGGCUGCGAAGGCCGAAUAUUUGGCGCAGAUUCUCGCCGCCGAGACGACGAAAUUGGGAACAUACAAGCCGUCGGCCACUCGUCUCCACUACGAUAUGAACAUCGAAUGGGUCGGGCAGGCGGAUGAAGUGGUCACGACGAGCUCCACGGCCGACGGCGACGUUGAUAUGGACGACUACGACGACUAC